AUGGCAUCGGGUAACAGGAAGUAUCCUCCGCGGCUUUGUCAGAUUGGUAAAACGCCUAUUCAACAAAGGAGCAUGAACCACAGUUGUUUUCUCGCAAACAUUCAAACGGUGCAAGAGAAUAUCGGCACAGACGUUUGGCCUGAGUUGAGAGACUCAGCUGUAGGCGUGAUUCUCAAGCUGAAGGAGUUGGAUUUUACUUGGUCUGCAAAACAUGUUCAUGGUUUUCUAGUGAAUCAGUUGGCGAUUCAGAGCAAUAUUACAGGGCUAAAUUGUGAUCCCUUUGACACACAAGAACAGUGGGAUGUGUCUCAUGAAGAUUUUUGGGAGGAGAUGAACGUUCCAAUUUCUCGUCAGCGUAUCAACUUCCCAAACUUCUGUGCACAAGAAAAGAAAAAAUAUCAGAAGCUAAACGACAAGUUUUGGGAUGUAGUGCCACUUACCAAGUGCCACAAGAGAAAAAUUCAUGUUCGUGCACCUAGUGUCCCCGAUAGAGUGGAUGAGAGCCCCUUCACAAAACGAAAGAAGGAGAAAGAAACUGCUCCAGAAAUGAAGAAUGGCAUAAUGAUAUGCCCACACAAAAGUUGCUUGAGGCUGUUAACAACUUGA